UUGGGCCCUUUUCUUCAUUUUCAUUUCAUUUAUGUGGAGAAAACUGUCGGUUGCCAGCUAGCAAGAGCUGUAGCCGCGUUAUCCUGGGGAAUAUGUCGUACUGGCGACGAACGCGUCUUAGCCAUGAGACAAGUUCCUGAUACCGCUGCAACAAUAAGUACCCAGAGGCAUCCCGCGGUCUUGUAUGGGUGACAACUCGGUUGUUGCAUCUUCUGAAGCUUUCUUCCAAAUCACGGAAGCAACACUGAACGACUUUGCCUUUUACGCUCAGUACGCUGGGGCUGCGUAUUGCAAUGCCGAUACCGCGGUGGGAGACGUCGUGACUUGCACCAAUGAUGUGUGCUCAGACGUAACGGCGGCAAAUGCUACCGUGGUAGCUACUUACCAAGGGAAGCUCACAGAUGUCGAGGUCUACGUGGCUUCUGAUCCCACGAACGAGUUGGUGGUAGUGUCGUUCAUGGGUACACAAUCGAUCCGCCAGUGGAUUGUCGAUCUAUCCUUUGUCUUCAGCCCCAUCUUCGACCUCGUAGCAAGCGGCUAUGUGCACACGGGCUUCCACGCACAGUUCACGGAAUCUAAGUCGGCCGUCCUGGCUGCCGUGACGGCGGCCAUGGCGGUCAACCCGUCCUACAAGAUCAUCGUGACAGGCCACUCCCUCGGCGCGAGCGUCGGCACCAUCAUGGCCGCCUACCUGCGUGAACAAGGCUUCCCCUGCGACCUCUGGACCUACGGCUCCCCUCGGGUGGGAGACGACGACUUUGCGGAUUUUGUCACCGCGCAAGCCGGCGCUGAAUACCGUGCCACUCACACCGACGAUCCAGUGCCGAGACUGCCGCCCAUCUGGACUGGUUACCGCCAUACGAGCCCCGAAUACUGGUUCUACACGGGGGAUGCGACGACGCUUGACUACACGAUCAAUGACGUGCAGGUGUGCUCGGGAAAUGCAAAUGUAGACUGCAAUGCUGGACAAAGUGGGUUCGACACCAUAGCGCAUGACGAGUAUUUCGUUGGCAUUGCCGAUUGUGCGCCGGACGGCUUGACAUUCAAGAGAGCAACGAAUGUCAAUGUGACGGAUGAGGAGCUUGAGAGGUUGCUGACUACUUGGGCGGCCAUGGACGUGAAGUAUGUGCAGUCGGGCAAUGCUACGACGCAAGGGGGUAAUGUUACGACUACGAGUUAAUGUGUAUGGGCUCUACGAUACCGCAUGGACAUGAAUGAAUGAAACAUGUAAUGGCUGAUACUGCGCGUCUCUGCAAUCCAUCACAACCAUACGUAGUGAUAUAUUAUUUGCGUAAAU